AUGAGCGCUCUCGCUGCUGCCCGCUACGGCAAGGACAAUGUCCGUGUGUACAAGGUGCACCGUGACGAGAAGACCGGUGUCCAGACUGUGGUUGAGAUGACCGUCUGCGUCCUGCUAGAGGGCGACAUCGAAACCUCUUACACUCGCGCCGAUAAUAGCGUUGUUGUCGCCACCGACUCCAUCAAAAACACCAUCUACAUCACUGCUAAGCAGCAGCCCGUUACUACCCCCGAAGUAUUCGGUGCCAUUCUCGGUACCCACUUCGUCGAGAAGUACAACCACAUCCACGCCGCGCACGUCAGCAUCAUCACCCACCGCUGGGUGCGCAUGAACAUCGAGGGCAAGCCCCACCCACACUCGUUCGUUAAGGACAGCCCCGAGACCCGUAACACACAGGUCGAUGUGAUCGAGGGCAAGGGCAUUGACAUCAACUCCUCCAUUAACGGCCUGACCGUGCUGAAGAGCACUGGCUCGCAGUUCUGGGGCUUCCUCCGUGAUGAGUUCACUACUCUCAAGGAGACCUGGGACCGUAUUCUCAGCACUGAUGUCAAUGCUAACUGGCAGUGGCGCCGCUUCGGCAGCGUCUCAGAGGUUCGGGCCAACACUGCCGGAUUCGAUAAGGCCUGGCAAUCUGCUCGUGAUAUCACCCUGAAGACUUUCGCAGAGGAUAACAGCGCCAGUGUGCAGGCUACCAUGUACAAGAUGGGCGAGCUGAUUCUGGCUGGAGCACCUCUGAUCGACACUGUGGAGUAUGCGCUCCCCAACAACCACUACUUCGAGAUUGAUCUCAGCUGGCACAAGGGUAUCAAGAACACCGGCAAGGAUGCCGAGGUGUACGCUCCCCAGUCCAACCCCAACGGUCUUAUCAAGUGCACCGUUGGUCGCUCCGGACAGAAGGCCAAGCUGUAA